AUUGAUGACCUGCCAAGCACAUGGAAAGAUUCUUUCGUUCUGUCCUUUCAGCUUCGCUACCAGUACAUUCGGGUCGACUUCCUGUGCAUAAUCCAAGAUGAUCCUGAUGAUUGGACAAGGGAGGCUUCAAGCAUGUGCGAUGUGUACAGGAAAGGUGAUUUGACACUGGCGAUUCCCAUAUGUGACCGUGCUUCUCAGAGCUUCAUGCACUAA